AUGGCGAACAACGACAUCGUGGAUUCACUUCCAUGGAUCAAUGAGAAGUUGAACGUUGCCCUAGAUAGUGUUGCAUCUUUUAGAUCUCUGUUACCGCCAAAAGGUUGGCCAAAGAUCCGUACUCUUCCUAGCAGCACUGCAACCGAAUGGUAUGAGAACAGUAAAAACAUCCCCCAAGUCAAAGAUUUCCUCUACAGUCUAAGAUUGGAAAAUAUUGAACCAUGGAAGGGUUUCACGAGCGAUGGUAAAGUGAACUUGGGCGUCCAAAAUUACGAAGACGAUGAAGGGGCCCCUAUCUGCAAGAUGACACAAGCCGCGUUGGACUUGAUAAGCAAGAUGUCCGAGUGCCAAAAAUCUGCGACAUUGUUCAACUCAGUAGAAGCUGACGAACUUCGAAUGUGGUCGAAUCCGGAGUUUUACGUCAAUCCUGGUGGCCUGAGGCUCGAUGAGUGCUCUGAGCAGAUCCAAAGAGCUGUGCAUACUCUCCUAAAGGUUUCUAUGUCUCCAGCAGGGUACGACAAAGUUCAGGGAUGUUGUCUCAUCAAUGGGUUUUUGGGAGACCUGAUUGAUGGGCAAAAGGUGCUGAAUGCACACUCGUAUAAUUUUCGGCUCUUUGGUCGACCGGAUCCAAUUGAGCCAUGGGCAUUCACGUUUUUCGGUCAUCAUCUGUGUAUUGCUGUUUUCAUACAAGGCGGUAGAAUGGUCAUCGGACCGACUUUCAUGGGGGCUGAGCCUGACUAUAUUGACGAUGGACCCCAUACUGGUCUCCGGCUAUUCAACACCGAAGAGACUGUUUCUCUAAAGCUCAUGCGCAGUCUCUCAGCUUCACAGAGGAGAUUGGCUCUCAUGUACCACAGUGUGUUGCCUACCGACCUGCCAUCCGACCGAUGGGCUCCACAUGAUGAGCGACAUAUUGGUGGAGCUAGACAAGAUAAUCGCGUUGUCCCGUAUGAAGGAUGUCCUGUCUCGAUAUUUGAUGAGCCUCAGAAAAUUGAUAUUAUCAGGCUGUUCGAAGCAUUCAAUGAAUAUUAUCCUGCACCUGUUCUUCAACACCGGAGGAAAGCUUUCAUUUCACACUUUGACCAAACCUACUUUGCCUGGAUUGGAGAUUUUGAGAACGAUGAGCCGUACUACUUCCGCAUCCAUUCGCCUGUGGCAUUCAUGGAAUUCGAUUUCCACUCCGGGGUGUUCUUGGUGAACCCAGCUCCUGCGAAGUGUCAUAUUCAUACGAUUAAUCGUAUCCCAAAUGGGGGAGAUUACGGUCGAGCGUUGCUUGACGCCUAUAGGCGGAGACAAGCGAGAUAUUCCUGA